UUAAAGGACUGCCAUUGAACAGUGUAAUGUUUAUUAAUUUGUGCCAAAUAAUUUUAAAAAUAUGUACUUUUAACUAUUUUAUUAUGCUCGCUAACAUUUUUCUUCUAGUUAAUAUCACAUUAUGAGGCUGUAAAUAAAUGAAUUGUUCAUGAUGUCAUUAGAACAAGAGGUGCUAGAUAUUGGCCGAAAACUUCAGAAACUAGUUGGAGAGGAGACACCUAACAAUGAAGCUGCAACUGAUUUACUGAAUAGGCUAAAAGAGUUGCCUAUCACCUUGGAUAUCUUGCAGAAAACAAGAAUCGGGAUGGCAGUAAAUGUAGUUCGUAAAGGCACCUCGAAAGAAGAGAUUCAAACCUUAGCAAAAGGUCUUAUAAAGUCUUGGAAGAAAUUGCUUGAUGGUCAAGAUAAAUCAAAGAUCCAACGACAGUCAUCACAAGAUAAAACAGAUUCACCAUCACUCAACAAAUCAGCGUCCAAUUCCAGCUUUACUCGAUCCGACUCCAACUCUUCAGUGUCUUCCUUGAACGGCAAAUCAUCUUCAUCAAAGUCAUUUCCACCAAGUCGUAGCAAUGAUCCUAUUCGUAAUCGAUGUCGUGAAAUGUUGAUGAAUUCUUUGAAAUGCGAGGAUCGACCUGAAUCUGAUGCUCCUGCCGUAGCUACUGCAAUCGAAGAGGCUGUUUUCGCCGUAUUUAAAGAUACCGGAUCUAAAUAUAAAAAUCGAGUGAAAAGCCGGGUUAUGAAUUUGAGAGAUAAAAGAAAUGCUCGUUUGCGCGUGCUUGUUCUCGAUGGAGAUAUUUCCGCUGAAAAAUUUGCAAACAUGACAGCAGAGGAGCUGGCACACGACGACCUAAAAAAGGAGCGUGAAGAAAUAACAGCGCAGGCUAUCAAAGAUCACCAACUCGCUACUACUGGAGGAACAAGUACUGGUCAAUUUAAAUGUGGGAGGUGUGGCAAGCGGAAUACAACUUAUAACCAGGUUCAAACUCGAAGUGCUGAUGAACCGAUGACAACAUUUGUAUACUGUCAAGAAUGUGGAAACCGAUGGAAGUUUUGCUAAAGAUGUUAACGAAAGACUUUUUAAAGACAUUUGUGUUCAAGCGAAACCGAUGUAAAAAUUUUUAUGUAUAUAUCUAUGCGUGUGAUUGAACAUACGUAACUCUAUAUUUACAAAAACUGUUUUCAAUCAUCCGA